AUGGACUUGGACAAUGUGUCAGAGGAUAUGGGCGCGAAGCUCCAAGCCAUUCUACCAGCACUUGGUGCGCCACACGGUGGCUCUUCAACGGACGGCGUCCCACCAGUGGAUUUGUCCAUUGCUGAGAAUGAGUUGUUUCGAGAUGAACAGCUGGGCCUCAUUAAGGAAGCCAUUGUUGACAACCUGCAGUUGAAGGAUCUGGCGUACCCGGCAGGCUUCGGGGGCGAGCCCGAACUCCUUACGUCCCUAGCACGUUUCUUUAACCAGUACUUCCGUCCGUCCACCGCUGUUGACCCGAGUCAUAUAGUCGCUACCUCGGGCGCGGGGAACGCGCUGGAUGCCCUUCUCUGCGCAGUGUGCAACGAAGGAGAUAAGGUACUGGUUGCUGGCCCGUGCUGGGAGGGAUUCGCCCCCUACUUCCGCAUCCAUGCCAACGUCACCCCAAUCUGUGUGACAGCCUCUUCUCUAGAAGCAGCAACGGGGAUGGAGAUUGUAGAGGCGAUUACAGCAGCUUACCAUGCUGAUCUCUAUCCCGAGCGCAUUAGGGCGGUUGUGCUUACGAAUCCAAAUAACCCGCUAGGCCGGUGCUACGCGCCAGAAGCCCUUCGCGAAUGUCUUUGGUUCUGCCACGCACACGACUUACAUUUUAUCAGCGACGAGGUCUACGCUCUCUCCGCCUUUCGAACGGACCCUGGUUCCCCGCCGUUCACGUCGGCCCUCUCAUUGCUAGACGGUGAGGCUGGCAGUGACACUUCUAGAGUGCCACCCACCAUGGCCUCUCGCGUCCACGUUGUCUGGAGCCUAAGCAAGGACUUUGGCUGCAGCGGAGUCAGACUCGGUUGCAUUGUAACCCAGGCCAACGGCGCCCUGCGCCUAGGGGCCGGACUUGCGAGCUACUGGCAGGUGUCUUCGCUCGCGAGUAGACUAGGCACAACGCUCCUCGGCUUGCCCCAGCUACCAGAGCUAGUUUGGCGCAAUUCGAAGGCUCUUGGCGAAUCGUAUCGCCUGCUUACCGAGGGCCUAGAGCAGGUGGGGAUCGAGUAUAUCCCUGCAACGCAUGGGUUAUUCAUCCUCGCAAAAAUCAUUCCAGGCGGAUGCACUGUGCAGAUGGAAACAGCAGCAGUGAGAAGCCUCGCCAGCAUGGGCCUUGUCGUUGCCCAGGGGCAGCGGUUCUCCCCUGGGGUGGGACAAUGCGGGUGGAUUCGCAUUACAUUCGCCACGGGGGCGGAGAAGAUUCAACGUGCGUUGGCAGUGCUUGCGCGGUUCCGGUACGCAUGA